AUGCCUCCCAUUGGUGACGGCUACAAUCCGACUCGGCCUCCCCUAGACGACUUCAAGCCGCUGUGCGAGACCCUCCCCGCCUCGCAUAUGUGCCAGCUCAUGGACGAGGCGCUGCGCAAGGACCCGUCUGCUACCUUUGAGGUCACGCCGCUGCCGGGGCUUGAACCAGACUCCUUCACAUAUACCUUUGCCGAGGUCCAUCAGUGGAACCCCUUGGCGGACUUCCGGGAGAUGCCGGGCGGGCUCCUAGGCUUGGGCUUCCCCAGCGACGCUGGUGCGCUGCCAACUGGCAUCUGGACGAUGACGAUUCUCGACGUGGCAAGCACGAGGAGCGGCUCUACGCCAAGCGACCCAGUCGACUGGCGUCAAAGGACAUUCACCCUCUCUGCGCUCAAGAAUGGCGCGUCGGGCAAGCCCACUGCCCUCGAGUCCUCGAGUGCAGACCCUGUCUGGGACGUGGGUCGGUAUCCCGACCAGAUCAUGCCGGAAACCAACACUGUCCUCUACGGAGUCACCGUCCGCUUCAACAAGCGGCCCUCGGUUGAGUGCCCAGCAGCUGCGCACAACCGCACCCGUGUCCGCAUGACCCUGGUCACCGACCCAAUGGGCAACGAUGAGGCGGGCAUCGGCCAGUCGCGCGCACCUGUCACCACUAAGCCCCCGAAUGAGCGCCGGAAGCUCUCCAUCUAUCCGUCCGGCGUGCCCUACGACUCGAAUGACGAGCGCAAAGAGGUCCUCUACCCCAACAACUUCUAUUGGGGCUGGUCGACGCUCGUCUCGACUGGCAAUCGUUUCGACCGCUGGUGCUCCGGCACCAUGAUCUCGCCAACCGUCCUGCUGACUGCCGCCCACUGCAUCGCCUCCGGCGGCUCGGCCGACUCCGCCGGCGGCACCAAUUGGCUAGCCCAGCCACAGGAGAACGGCUGCGCCCCGCUUCGGCACACAUGCAUAACUUAA